AUGCGACCCACACCGCCCAGGUCCGGUCUGGUCCAAUUUUCUGCCGCUAAUUUUUUUGUUCUUCCAUCGACAGACAAGUUCAGUCGCAACAUGGCCAACAUGGUUGAAUCAAACAAGAAGCGGCGCUUCUCUGACGCUGAGAGCCCCGAAGUCAAAGUCGAAGCCUCUGCAGCUCCCGCCGCCCCUGCGCCCCAGAACAACCGAACUCUUUUCGUUCGCUCACUCCCCGAGUCGGCCACUACAGAGAGCCUGGCUGAAUAUUUCUCGCAAUCCUACAUUAUCAAGCAUGCUGUUGUCGUCUUCGACAAGGAGACUAAGAAGUCAAAGCAAUUCGGUUUCGUUACGUUCGCCGAUGUUGAGGAUGCCGAGAGCGCUCUGAAGGAACUCAAUGGAUCCAAGUUUGACGGAAAAAUCAUUCGUGUCGACUACGCCGAACAGCGUAAGCGUGAAAUUGACGAGAAGGUUGGACGCAGUGUGCCCACUGCUGCGUCUCUCGAGUCGAAGAAGAAGAAGGAGGAGGAAAGAGGUCAGGGCUUGCCGCCCAAGCUGAUUGUUCGCAACCUGCCAUGGAGUAUUAAGGAGCCCGAAGAUCUAUCGGUCUUGUUCCGCAGCUUUGGAAAGGUCAAGUUUGUCACUCUUCCCAAGAAGAAUGGCAAGCUUGCUGGUUUCGGUUUCGUGACACUGCGCGGCCGCAAGAAUGCUGAGAAGGCCCUCCAGACUAUCAACGGCAAGGAAAUUGACGGCCGUCAAAUCGCAGUCGAUUGGGCUGUCGAGAAGGACGUCUGGCAAACUACGAACAAGGAUCAGGAAGAGGCGGAGAAGGAGGAAGAGAAGGAGGAAGAAAAGGAAGAAGAGGAUGUCAAGAUGGAAGAUGCUGGUGGUCCUCUGGAGGAGCCUUCAGAGGACGAGACUUCCUCUGACGAGGAUGACGAAGAGGAGGAUGAUGAGGACCUGGACGACGACGAGCUGGACGAUCUCGACGACGAGGACGAAAACAAAGAGGACGACCGCAACAACUCCACCAUCUUCCUCCGCAACCUUCCCUUCACUGCCACCGAUGACUCUCUCUACGAACACUUCUCCCAAUUUGGACCUCUACGAUAUGCCCGAGUGGUCCUGGACCACGAGACCGAGCGCCCCCGCGGCACUGGUUUCGUAUGCUUCUGGAAGGUGGACGACGCCAACACUUGCAUCCGCGAGGCCCCCCGCGGCAAUGAUACCAUGGCCCCCAGCAAAGACAAGCCCAAGGCCAACACCGCCAUGAAGCACUCCGUGCUCCAGGACGAGAACACCGACCCCAGCGGCCGCUACACCCUCGAAGGCCGUAUCCUGCAGGUCGCCCGUGCCGUGAGCAAGGGCCAAGCCGCGAAGCUGGAAGAAGAAGGUGUCUCUCGCCGCAUGGUCCGCGACACCGACAAGCGUCGCCUCUACCUCCUGAACGAAGGAACCAUCCCCUCCAACUCCCCCUUGUACAAGAAGCUCUCCCCCUCCGAGGUCAAGAUGCGCGAGGACUCCUACAAGCAACGUGAAACCUUCAUCAAGAAGAACCCCGCCCUCCACCUCUCGCUCACCCGUCUCGCCAUCCGCAACCUCCCUCGUCACAUCGGCUCCAAGGACCUGAAGCAGCUUGCCCGAGAGUCCGUCGUCAACUUCGCCAAGGACGUCAAGAAGGGUGUCCGUCAGCCUCUGUCCCGCGAGGAGCAGCAGCGCUCCCGCGACACCAUGAAGGAACUCGAGCAGCUGCGCAAGCAGAAGAAGAUGGGUAUCGUGCGCCAGGCCAAGGUUGUCUUCGAGACCCGUGAAGGAACCAAGGUCUCCGAGAAGACCGGUGGUGGUCGGUCCCGCGGCUACGGAUUCAUCGAGUACUUCACGCAUCGACACGCACUGAUGGGUCUGCGCUGGCUGAACUGUCACUCCAUGGUUGUUCCUGCCUCUGCGCAGGACGCCGAAGACAAGGACAAGAAGAAGAGUCUGGUGGUUGAGUUCGCGAUUGAGAAUGCGCAGGUUGUGAAGCGUCGCAAUGAGCUGCAGGCCAAGUCGCGGGAGCCCAAGCCCAAGCGCGACGACGACGAUCCCAAGGACCUCAAGCGGAAGCGAUCGGAUUCGCGGGGCAAGAAGGAUGAUAAGCGCGAUGCGAAGCGUGGCAAGACGGACGCCAAGCCUGAGAAGGAGAAGACGGAGGAGGAGGACAAGGCGGCCAAGCGCAAUCGCAUUAUCGGACAGAAGCGCAUGAAGCGCAAGGGCCGUAAGGGCAAAUGA